AUGAACAAUCAGCCUGUGUAUAUGUCAGUAGAGCAAAUAAAUGCUUUAUUUUAAAGGGAUUCGACGUUCGAGAUGAGAGAUGACCGUAUAAAUUCGUUCUAGAAUGAUUUGAAGAAAAAUGAAACUUGGAAGUCUGAAAGUGCGGAAUGCGAGGAAAACAGACCGACGAAUCAAAGCGAGAGCAUGAUGAUGAUAACGAGAGAGGAGUACCAGGGUCUGCAAUAGGAAUACGAGAGACGCAAAGAUAUGGAGGAGAAAUAUAAGGAGGACAUAAACAGAUUGAUGAGGGAACUCAAAUAGAAGAGUGCAGAACUGGAGAGUGUGAAGAGAGAUCAGGAUAUACUGUGUGAGUAGAAUUAAAGAAGAGAGACCAUCCUCCAGAAUCUGAGAUCGCAAAUACAGGAGGCGAACAGUCGGGAACAGAAGGCGGUGAUAGAGUUGGCUGAGAUGCAGGAGUAACAUCUGUAGAUGAAGCAGUAAUUGGAAAUAGUUUAGCAGAAGUACAAUUAUUUGUAGAAACAACACAAAUUCGAAAUUGAUAGGAAGGAGAAAUAAAUUGAUCAGCUGAAGAGUUAAAUUGUAUCUUUGAAUGAGGAUAAUGAAAAGUUGAAGAAUGAACCUUAGGCAGGGAUUCUCUAUCUCGAUUCUUAGAGGGUGUCGUAGGAGAAGAUUCAAAAUUAGUGGGCACAAUUCAAUUCGAGUGCUUAUAAGAGUAGCAUUUAGUUUUAGAAGGAAAAGCCAGUGACCUAGAUUUAGUUUAAGAGCAACUAUGAUUCAAAAGUCAUUUUCGGAAAAAAGUCUCAAAAUUCAUUAAAAUAAUAGCAAUCAUAAUCUGAUUUGUUGUCAAAAGGGUAAUGAGUUUAAUAUUAUACAUAAUUAACAAUUGGGUUUGUAUAAAUGUAUACGA